CUUGGGGCUUUCACAAGAAACAUGAAGCCACAGCAAAAUAAACCCAACAUUUUUGUAACUGUUUUAUUUUUUGUAAUUUUAAGCGAUAUUUUAGUGUCAGGGUGUCUCAUAACCAAUUGCCCUAGGGGCGGUAAAAGAUCUGGUGGAAAAUAUGGAAUUGCACUAAACAACAUAAAACAAUGUAUUCCUUGUGGCCCUGGUGAAACAGGUCAAUGUUUCGGUCCAUCAAUUUGCUGUGGCCCUUUUGGCUGUCUCAUGGGAACCCCUGAAACUAUACGGUGCCAAAGAGAUGGCGCGUUCCAUACCAGAGAACCUUGUGUGGCAGGAUCUGCUAAUUGCAGAAAGAAUACAGGAAGAUGUGCCGUGGAAGGGAUAUGUUGCAGCCAAGAUUCUUGUCAUGCAGAUAAACAAUGUCUAUUGGACGACAAAAAAUCAGUUACGGAAAAUUUGUCUGCAGUGGAACUGUUUAAUUUUUUAGGAUACCAAAACGAUGUUGGACUCGAUGAAUAAACUAAUUUGUAUUAAUAAAGUAUAGAAAAUGGGCUAUAUGUACCUACCUAUUUAGCUGGA